AUGGCUACUCCGAAGGAGCCUGUCGGUAUAGCUAUGACCAAAUUCCAUCAGGCUCAAGGGUCAUCGGGGCGGUCAGUCGGUCACGCCCGAACACCAUCCUCGGAUAUGAGAGAUGCUGGACACGCUGGGUCCGAGGGGGACGAGGAUGAGGAGGACGUCGAUGCUUUCAUAGCAGCUCAUGACUCAUCUCAGGAUGCUACAGGAGGUCGAUACCUCCGACCCCGCCUGUUCGCCUCAUUCCUCAUCUUUGGGCUACUCAACAAUGUCCUGUACGUGAUCAUCCUCUCAGCGGCCCUGGAUCUAGUCGGCGCCGACACGCCCAAAGGCGUCGUGGCAUUCUUCAACAUCUUCCCGGCCUUACUCGCCAAAGUCGGCUGGCCUCUAAUAUCAAACGGGAAGAUCCGAUAUGGUCGACGCGUCGCAUUCUGCACGACCGUCAGCUGGCUAGGUAUCGUCACUAUAGCGUUUUCCCAGACCGUUCCUCCUCGACUCUUCGGGAUCGCCCUUGCCUCGCUCUCUUCGGGACUGGGCGAACUCAGCUUCCUGCAAAUGACGACCACGUACCCGUCGCGCGCGGCUUCGCAGACCGCCCUGGGCGCCUGGUCGACUGGUACCGGCGCCGCAGGGAUCGCGGGUGCGGGGCUAUGGUGGCUACUGAGGGGUCUGGGCGUGAAAGGCGGGCUUGGGAUCUCAAGCUUCUUACCCCUCUUCUUCCCCUUCACCUACAUCUUCCUCCUCCCGGCCCAGAAGCACUUCCACGAAUCGACAAACGCGUAUCAGCCUCUCGCUACAGACAGUACCGCGCAGGAAGUCUAUCGAGAAGACCCGGCCGCUAAUCGAGAUCCUGAUGAAGACGGCCUCUACCCUAAGACGCAGUCCGCGCCGCUGCGACUGAUGACGACCGAGAAGCUCGCCCUUAUUCGCAGUCUCUUCGUGCCGUUCAUGCUACCUCUUGGGCUGGUAUAUACCGCCGAAUACAUGAUCAAUUCGGGAGUAGCGCCGACUUUGGUCUUUCCGGUACCUACCGCUGGAAUCUGGUCCACCGUCUUCAAGUCGCCGAGGGACUACUACCCAUUCUGGUCUUUGACAUACCAGACCUUCGUCUUCAUCUCCCGCGCCUCCCUCUCCCUCGGCCUCCCGCCGCUGCCCCUCCGCCUCCUCCCCCUUCCCACAAUCAUCCAGACCCUCAACCUCUUCCUCCUUUCCUUGCAAGCAUCUCGCUUCAUCCUCUCCUCUGCUCCUCCUUCUCCAUCAACACCAACGUCCAUAUCCGCCGAAUCAAGCGGGGAGUCAGGGACAAUCACGCGGGUCUUCCUCCUGAUCUGCCUGGAAGGGCUAUGUGGGGGCGCGGCGUAUGUGAAUGCUUUUUACCAUGUUGGGAGGAUGGGGCAGGACGAGGCGGCGGAAGGAGGAGAGGGCGAGGAGAAGAGGAAGAUGGAGAGGGAGUUUAGGAUAGGUGCGACAGGAGGAGCGGAUUCUUGUGGUAUACUGUUCGCCAGUCUACUGUCGAUGCCGUUGGAGACUAGCCUGUGUGCUGCUCAGAUUGAAAGAGGACGAACAUUGUGCCGGGAUCUGUGA